AUGCUUGUUGAUGAACCGGAAGAAGAUGAAGCUGAAGCUGAAACUGAAGCAGAAGUUAAUGUUGAAGGAGAUGUUCAUAUGUCUCCUGAUUCUGCAAAGUUAUUAAGAGAUCUUACUAAAGAUUUGACAAAAGAAAAGACAGAUGGUGAGGAAGGUGACAAUGAAGGUGACGAUAGUUCAUCAAGCUCCUCAUCUGAAGAAGAAAUUGGCGAAAAUGAACGUGCGAAAAGAAUUCAAGCUGAAAUUGAGAAAGAAAAACACCUCCUUCUGGUGGGAGGAAGAAGCAAUCUGCUAGAAAGAAAGUUGCUAUUCCAAGAGCAAAGGGGUUUGAAAAUUUUGUUAAAGAAGAAACCAGUUCAAAAACCAAGUAAACCACCUACACCACCUCCAGAACCACAACAUCAAUUAUCACCAAUUCAUUCACCACUUCAUCAAACACCACCAAGACAACCAUCACCAAUUCAAUCACCACCACAUAUUCAUGUUGCUACACCUCCACAUGAACAACAACCUGUUGUUACUUCACAACAAAUUUUCCAAACACCACCAUCCACACAACCACCUGUCCAGAUUACACCUAGUUCUUCUGGUUACAAAACAUUUCUAAGUGUUCUGGAUGGAUUAACUCUUGAAGAAAUUAGAGAUUUUAGAUUUGCCAAUGAUGAACAAGUGAAGAGAUUAGAGAAGAAAAUGGAAGAGGUAUUAGUUGAGAAUAAGAAGUUGUUGGAUAGAGAAAAGAAGUUAGAGAAGCGUGUAAAGUCUGUGGAAUCUGAAAAUACUUCCUUGUUAAAGAAAAUUGAAGCUGAUCAGACUGAAAUAGACAUUCUGAAAGUCAAAAUUGCAUAA